UACUCAUUUCAUUUACAUUGUAUCUGAUCGUCAAGCAUGCGAGCAGUUAUUCGGUUUCGUAAGUAGACAACGUAUAGUGCAGACUUGUGGCUAAGAAACAUUUAAAAUGAAUGAAACAAUCACGCUUGAUGAUAUAAUUGAUAAACAUAUCGGACGUUUCAUUGCACCGAUUUCAUUUCUUUGUUUAUUGCUGAUUUUUGGAAUACCAGGCAAUUUAGCCGUUUUAUUCAUAUACGGUACCAAAUAUUCCAAAUGUGUGUUCAGAGUUCUCAUUUGUAAUUUGGCUGUUGUUGAUCUAAUUUUCUGCACUUUAGGCAUACCAUUUAAUAUUGCUCGAAUUGUUCACUAUUAUACAUUUGAUGGACGGUGGGCGUGCAAAAUUAUUACAGGAAUAAUUGUAUUUGGAUUCAUGUAUUCUGCUCAUCUGGUGAUGUUACUCUCAGUGCACAGAUUCCGACAAAUCUGUUAUUCGAUCAAAACUCAAAUUUCUGUUAGGAACGUUCAUUAUUUCAUCAUAGCCUGUUUGGCUAUCGGAAUACUACUGUCAUGGCCACAAGCAGUACUAAUUGAUAUUGAUGAGAUACAAGUACAAAAUAACAUUACUACUCGCAUCUGUCCAAUUACUGCUGCGCAUCCUUCGAAGUACUCGAUUGCAUACAGUACUUUCAAUGUAUGUUUGUUUUCAAUUUAUACUAUAAUUUUGUUUGUGCUAUAUUCUUUAAUAGCAAGGAAAGUUUACCUACAACGCCAAAAACGAAGUUGUCUUCAUACACAAACUUCUGAAAGUAAUAUGUCCGAAAAAAUGACAAAGAUUGCUUUCACUAUUUCAGUGGUGUUUGCACUGAGUUAUAUUCCUCUUUUUUUUCUUAAAGUUGCAAAGGACUGGUUUGAUGAGAAAGAUAUCAAUGAAGUCGCAUUUUCGACUUUGAAAAUUGCUGAAAGAUUUUACAUCGUCAACCACGUUGCAAAUCCAAUAAUAUAUGCUAUAUUUGACAAACGUUUUAGACGAAGUAUAAGAAAUCUUGCUUCUUUCAAAAGGAGUGCUGAAUCUGGAAGCAAAGAUAAACGCUACAAUGUAGACCACUCAACUGACCAUUCGGCAACUUACCAUAUGACAACUGACAAUACAACAUCCACGACAGUGAUUUAAAUUUGUCUAAGUAAUCGUUGCAUAGGAUGAUAUCUUAUAGGACAUACACAACUUGAUAUAACAAUAAAUCGAACACAAUCCGUAUGGAUUCCAGAAGUGUACCGGGAAUCAAAUUAGUAACAUCUAAAAUCUGAAAAAGAGAACAAUAUAGACAACAUCAAUGCAUAUUACCAACCUGAUUUGUAUAAAUAUUACUGUCUAAAUUUUGCUACGAUAUAGAAACAGAUCCAAAAUUCAAAUCUGAUAUUCAUGGAACAGAUUCAAAAAGUGUCAUCAUAUGACAUCAUUACUUUUUUCUUAUUUUGCACAUCAGUUUGUAAACGCUUUGUUUUCUAUAAUGCUGUAUUCAGAAUUACAGUGAAUGCACACGCUAUAGUAUUGUAUGGCUGUGAUAUGCAUUAGUUUUGUAUGGCUGUGGUAUGCAUUACUAUUGUAUGGAUGUGAUAUGGCGAUAAAAGUGUAUGUCUGUUAUAUGAUGGUUCAAGAUAACUUUAUUAAAAUAAUGCUAUUCCAUAUUUUCUCUGUGAAUAUCCUUUUGUCCAUACCUAAGCAUUUCACAUAUGCAUGAAACAUAUACCUCACCUUACCAUAGGAUACCUAUUUAUAUGUUUCAUACCAAAUAUUAAUUACAAUACGAUACACUAUUUAUACUUUUAUUAUAAUAUAGUCAAUACGUAUACAUUAAUGAAUAGUUGACAGUGUUACCAUAUCUCAGAUGUUAUAUAUGUUGUGUACAAGUUAUCCUUUUGUACAAAUCAUAAUUUGUACAAAAAAAUUGUACAAAUUAUCCUUUUGUACAAAUCUUAAUUUAAUAAAAAAUAAUUAUAAUUUGUAUUUUGACUUUGUACAAAUUGUAAUUUGUGCAAAAAGUGCUUGUACAAAUUACAAUUUGUAAAAUUCACUUAAAACUUGUUCAUUAAUUUAAAGUAUGGAUUUUGUUUUAGAAAUAGCAUAAAGUGAAGUUAUAAGUCAAUUUUAGUCAACUUUUCUACAAAUUGUAAUGUGUACAAGCACAUUUUGUACAAAUACAAUGGAGUAACAUGUGGCUGGUAACAUGUGGCUGUUAAAUAUUGCUAAGAUCUUCCAAAUUGUUAAUUCGACCGUGUAUUGUCAUAUUUAACUUUUUGUGUUAUUUUUUAGCUGAAAUAUACUCUUAAGUACGAAGAAAUAAGCAAAAGGAAAUCAUGAUUUUAAAUAUACCGUAUUAGCUGUGAUACAUUUUCUGGUACAAUGUACACUGCCGCAAUGUGUUAUCUAUUUUUACUGUAACUCUUCGUCUAAUUACAUGUAUGUAGAAAAUCAUUGCUCGUCUGUGUGAAUGAAUAAAUGCUUUAAAAACGGUUUA